AUGCAGGUGACUGAUGGCUCUGGUCGUCUUGGAAACAACUUGGCUUUCAUACUUCGUGGCUUGCUGUUCGCGAAGCUGACCAACCACGCAGUAGUGAAUUUGAAUCUGGCAACAAAGUCUUUGCGGGAGAUCUUUGAUGGGAAGGCAGUGCUGCCCCUAGCCAGCUCCAAAGUGGAAGGAUCGCGCUUCUGCCCUGAGAAGUCAGACAAACGCCAGCUGGGGAGGCCUAUCUACAACUUCCAGGGUGAAAGAUGCAAGGGAAGCAAAGCACAGGACUUCCGUGUAAUGGCGCUUGAACAUCUCCAGCAGGCGUUCCUGCCUGAAUUCCAACAGUGCCUGGACAGAUCCAGCUCAGACGAUGCCAAGGAGUUGACAAUUCAUUUGCGCGGUCAGGAUCUUUGGGGUCUCGCGGAGUUUGAGCUGACUUCAAACAAACCCAUCCCAAUGGACGCGCCUGCGCACCACUGGCUGUGGCACCAGCCGCCUUGUACGAUGUAUCGAAAGAUCAUUGUAGAAGAAGGUUUCAAGAAAGUGCUCGUGGUAACAAGCCCAGAUCUGAGACAUGUUUGCAUCGAAUGGCUCAAGUCAAACGCUGCCAAUCUUGGCAUCGAGGUAAUCGUGCAAGCUCAAAGUUUGCGGGAGGACUUCUGUGCGUUGACGCGGGCUUCCAAUCUGGUUCUCUCGUUCUCGACUUUGGGGGACAAUGCAGCAGUGCUCAACAGGAGACUGAAAAAGCUGUAUUUCCGCGAGUUUGCACAGACGCACUCCUUGCUGGACUGCGAGUUGUGGCCGGGAACAGCGCUGUACCAGUACACUAUGCCCAUCAACGAAGGCAGUCAUCAGCCAUACGGCGGCACGUACGGGGAGGUCAUUAAGUGGUUUACCAGCUACGAUGAGUCGCAGAUCACAAAGCACGAGGGCUGCAAGCGAUAA